GAGAGAGAGCGCGCGCGCGCGCGGGGCUGGGAGGAAGCUCGCGCACGAGAGAAAUCUGUGUAUUUGUGUGUCAUACAGGCCAGGGAUGUGAGCCAGGAGCGACAAUAAUGGGGGAUAACCGGGACCCCGAUGCUCUGGAGCGGACACAGCGACUAGACGGCGACCACCAAGGAGGUUAACGCGCGGUGUUUCAAAUACAUUCGCAUUCAGGAUAAAUGAUCGAUUGAUUGACGGCAGAUCAAGCACGCGCAGUCGUACGGUUAAUCGAUUUCCAUGGCGUUACGAUCGACCCCGAGCCAAACUGGUCAGCUGGACCCGGGACUGCACCGGGUCUAAAGCGCUCCAUCCAUCUGUCGUGUUUUCCGGCGAUGUCCGCGUCCUGCCUGGAUCUGAUUUCAGCACCACCGCAGCCGGACAGCGACCGCAUGGACCGAGCGCUAAAUCCCGGCCGCCAGAACUCGCCAGACACCGCCGGGGAACUCACGCUGCUACACACCGCGCCCGGGGGGCUCGGCAUGGCUCUGGAGGAGGAGUUGGCCAUGCUGACCGGGGACCGAGAGGACGAGCUGCAGGAAUCCGCCCCGGAGACACCUGUGAGCGGGCAGGACUCUGACCUACUGUCGCUCUUCCGGCAGAAAGAGAAGGACUUGGUGCUCGCUGCUAAACUGGGCAAAGCUCUACUUGAAAGAAACCAAGACCUCACUAAGCAAUAUGACAAAAUGACCAAGGAUUUAAACGACAGACUGGAGCUGCUGGAGCAGGAGAAGCACGAGCUGCGGCGGCGUCUGGAGAGCCGUGAGGGCGAGUGGGAGGGCCGCGUGGCUGAACUGGAGACGGAUGUGCAGCACCUGCAGGGGGAGCUGGAGAGACAUCAGCUGCAGCUGCGGGACGCCGACCGGGAAAAGAGCCGAGCCAUCAGUGAACUUUCAGAACAGAACCACCGCCUGCUGGAGCAGCUCAGCAGGGCCGCCGAGGUGGAGAAACAGCUGUCAACUCAGGUUCAUUCAUUACGGGACGACUUCAAAGAGAAAAGCAUCUCCAGCAACCAGCACAUGACGCGCCUGGAGACGCUGCAAGCUGAGAUCCGGAUGCUGUCGGAGCGCAAGCAGGAUCUGGAGCGGAGGGUCUGUGCUGUUCUGGAGGAAAACCAGCAGCUGCAGAACACCGUGGAGGAGCUGAGAGAGAGGACGCUGGAGCUGGAGAAACACUGCCACCAUAAAGACCUGCAGGUCAGACACACACACACAUGUGGGUUUUACCUACACGUUGACGCACAGCCCUACGCCGUGGCCGUUGGCGUCGCUGACGCGCAACUCUCAAAAAAUCAUCCAUCCAUCCAUCCAUCCAUCCAUCCAUCCAUCUUAUACACAAGACGUGCACAUACUCACUUGUGUAGAGCGCCCUCAGAAGUGCAAAGUUGCAUGGGAAGCCUAUCAGGUGUCUGGUCCAUACAAAGACGAAAAGAUUGUGAUUUGUUUCUCCUUCAGCUCCGUCUGCAGUUGUGGGAGGCCUACUGUCAGGUGCGCUCCAUCUGCUCUCAGCUCAGAGGAAAUGACAUCACAGACUCCGCCUUAUCCACCGACUCGUCCAUGGAUGAGUCUUCAGAGACACUCUCGGCUAAGGACGUCCCGACGGGCAGUUUGCACUCUAGUCUUCUGGAGCUGCGCAGACUUACACAAAACCUGCUGGACGGCAAUGAAUCAACGGGGUCACGGCGCAGCGAUGAGGAGGUUUUAGAAGAGCAGGUUCGUAAACUGGGCGAGGAGCUGCGAGAUCUCCGAGAACUGUAUGAACAGGAGCAGGAGAAAACACACAGCAGCCAGGAGGAGGCGCUACAGCUACAUAAUCAGGUGGCGCUGCUCUCAGUGGAGGUUUCUUCUUCAAGAGAAGAGAACGAGCGGUUGAGAGCGAUGACAGAAGUACACGAACCCAACGAACAGUUGCAGAGCGCUAUACGAGACAGAGAUGAAGCCAUUGCCAAGAAGAAAGCGGUGGAGAUGGAGCUGGCCAAAUGUAAGAUCGACAUCAUGUCUUUGAACAGUCAGCUGCUGGACGCAAUACAGCAGAAACUCAACCUGUCUCAGCAGUUAGAAGCCUGGCAGGAUGACAUGCACAGAGUAAUCGAUCAGCAGCUGAUGGACAAACACCAGGAGGAGUGGAAGGAUCCUCCGUUCUCCUUCAGCAGACGAGGAGCCGCUGCUUCCAGACCAACACAGCGCCUGGCAGAUCGAGACAAGCCACUCUUUUCAUUCUUCAAGAAGAACUGAGAUCAGGAGGAGAGAGAGAGAGAAGAGGACAGCAAACCACAGGAAGACUCAAUCUGCAGAUCAGUGGUUCUCACCUGGGUUUGGACGACUAACUCUAAUAUGCAUUCAUUGGUUGCAUUGGUGCACUCCAAAAUAUGCAUUAGGAUUUUUAAUACUAACAGAUAAAACUGUGAGAUCCACAUGGAUGGAGAAUUUAUAUGCAACUCAAAUAACUCAAAUAAGAAUAACUACAUUUAUACAUUUAUAAACACAGGCAAGUCCAAAAUUAAUCAUAGCCCUGGCAAAUUUGGACUUGUUCAUGUGAAAAUGAAAGCUGAAAUAUAUUUAUAUUCCACAAUAAUGCCACUUAUUAUUAUCUUAUUAUUGUCUUACUAUCUCUUGGGAGAAGCUUGUGUCAUUUCUGGUCACAAAAAAACUUUAAGGAAACUUUAAGUCACAAUUUGCCAGGGGUAUGAAUCAUUUUGAGCUUGACUAUAUGCACACACACGUACACUUAGGCCCUGUUUACACUGCCAUUUAAAUGCGACCCAAUUCUGAUUCUUUGCUUAUACGUAACACAGAUCGGAUCUGUUCUAUGACCUUGCGAACGAGCAAAAAAUUCAUGCAUUCGGAUAUUCAGAGAUUGGUUUCAGUCCUCCUUCAUAUGUGGAAAUCAAUCAGAUUUGUGAUAUGUGACAACGCGACUCAUGUAAACAGGCAGAACGGAUUUGUUGAGGCAUUCUGUUUUGUACGUGCUUAAACUUGCGACAAUGUGGUGCUUCUCCACGGUUUAAUGACGUAGAAACAAAGAGCAUGUGUGGAGAAGCUGACACGGUAAACAACAACAACAACGACAGAGGAAACACAGACUUGUGGUCAGUCGCCACAAUUUGCUCCCACUAGACCUGA